UUCUUUUUACUCCGCCCAGAUAAGUUUUGAGGUUAAGGGAAAUUUACGUAACUCAUUUUCCACUUUAGAAAAGCUAAAUUUGUGGUGAAUUUUAAAUUUAAAAUCCAUAAAAAUGUUUAGAACAACUGCAAUUCGAGCUCAAUCUAUCUUCAGAUCAGCUUUAACAGUAACCAAACCAAAUGUGGUAUCUUCAAGGUUCAUGUCAAAAGAAAGUACGGAAACUGACGAACAGUUCGAUUCUCGUUAUGAAAACUAUUUCAACCGAAAGGAUAUCGACGGAUGGGAAAUUAGACAGGGAAUUAACGACCUUUGUGGUCACGAUAUGGUCCCAGAGCCAAAAAUUCUUAUCGCUGCCCUUAAAGCUUGCCGCAGGGUAAACGAUUUUGCAUUGGCUGUGAGGAUUCUCGAAGCCGUAAAGGAUAAGUGCGGCAACAAAGUUGGAGAAAUCUACCCAUACAUCAUUCAAGAAAUCAGACCAACUCUCACCGAACUUGGAAUUAGCACUCCAGAAGAGCUUGGGUUCGAUAAGCCGGAAUUGGCCCUUCAAUCCGUUUUUGACAUGCAUUAAUUGCACAUGGUAUUAGUAAAUUAUUGUCGAUAUCCAUAGUUUAAACUUUGUAAAAUAAACGGUUACAACAUUUACCUUU